AUGCAGUACGAGGACCCGCGCCAUCACAGCUCAGGGUUAGCGGAGCGCAGGGCGCUGCCGAAAGGCGGGCAUCCGAAUGGCGCCGGUGAACGGCUUGCAACCGCUUCAAAGGCCACGGCAUUGAAUCGCCAAGCUGCACUGCACGAGCGCGAUGCGCUGAAGCAGCGAGUAACGGAGCUGUGGGGCCCACCGAAGCACUACGUGGAGUGCGACGAGGACCGCGCCUCCUUCAUCCAUCGCAUGGGGUACUUCUUGGUGUAUCCGAUGGUGCUGCUCGCAUCACGGGAACAGAUCAGUUUUGAGGAUAUGCCCCCGCCAACGCGGGAUGUGCGCGCGCACGAGUGCGGGCUGCGGCUGUCGCGUGCUGUGCAGGCUGCGAUGUACGAGCGAAACGCGUGGAACUGCAUGGUUGGGACGGAGGUCGUGAGCACGCUGGACGCUUCGAGUCGCGGCGUUCUGCGGUGGGUUGGGGUGCCGCAGCAGGGCGGGUACACGCGGAUGAUGGCUGGCGUGGAGUGGAGCGUGCCGCCGGCUCUGCGCACCGCUGCGAGGUCCGACGACAGCGGAGCGUCGCCGUUCUUCGACGGCGUUGCGCACGGUGAGCACCUGUUCACGCCUGAGCAGAGUGGCAUGUCGACACUGGAGGAGGUGACGUGCGUAAGGUUACUGUCGUUGGAUGGGAAGCCGGUGGAUGCUGCUUCUGUGCCGACGCCACGCCGGCUCUCUCUUAUGCGCGUGCUCCCGGCGUCGCUGCCGGAGUAUUUUUGGUGGCAGUUUCCCUUCAAGCUCGGUGGUGACGUGUGCACCAUCACUAUACCUUUUCUGUUGAAGGUGUUUGUGCACUUUAUCAGCGAGCGCAACCAGAGCUGGGCGCACGGACUGGCGCUAGCAGUGACGUUCUUCCUGACACAACUAAUUCAGAGUGUCUGCCUGCACCGCUUCUACUACGUGAGCAUCAAGUGUGGCCUGCAGUACCGCUCCGCCCUUAACGGGUUGAUAUUUGAGAAGGUGUUCACGAUCUCCAACAAGGCUCUGGCACAUCCACAGAUGAACACAGGCCGCAUCAUCAACAUGAUGAGCACGGACACCGAGCAGGCAAACCAGUUCAUGCAGUAUUGCAUGUACAUCUGGAGCAGCCCCAUGAUGUUUAUUAUUUCCAUCUCAUUUCUCAGUCGCUUGGUGGGUUGGUGCUCCAUCAUGGCUGUGGUGGCGCUGCUCAUGACGCUGCCGAUCAACGGUUGGCUGAUGAAGUGGCAGAUGGCGGCGCGGCGAAAGCUAGUGAAGGCAACGGACGUGCGUGUGAAAGCGGCGAACGAGUUCUUCUCGGGCGUCCGCAUAGCAAAGUUCAUGACAUGGGAGCCUCGGUUUAUCGCCAACAUCGAGGAGAAGCGCGCCUUGGAGGUAUCGUACCUGAAGCAGGUGCAGACCGUGCGAGUCUGGACGUCAUUUGUGAGCAUGACCACCCCACAGGUCAUGAUCGCCGCGGUGUUCAUGGUGUAUUACCUGCUUGGGCACGAUCUGACGCCGACGGUGGUGUACCCCACCAUCUCUCUCGUUGGCAUUCUCAGGAUGCCGUUUAAUAUGCUGCCGUGGGUGUUCACCGUGUCGGCGCAGUACCUUGUGGCCAUGACGCGUAUCAACAAAUUCCUCGAGUGCGACGACGCCACUUGCUCCACUGUGCAGGACAUGGAGGAGUACUGGAGGGAGCAGCGCGAGCACAGCGCUGCGUGCCAGCUUGCCGCUGUGCUGGAGAAGGUCGACGUGACUGCGUUUGUGCCCGUGAAACUGCCGUUUGCGCCGAAGGUGAAGACGUCUCUGCUUUCUCGGGCUCUGCGGAUGCUGUGCUGCGAGCAGUGCAAACCCACGAAGAGGCACCCGCCUCCAUCGGUUGUCGUCGAGAAUACAGGCUACGUCUCCCCGGCAAGCGCGUCUCGCCACAUCGUGGAGGGCUGCAGCGGCACCGUGCACACAGCAACACCGACGUCUACAAGAAGCGCAAAGACGCCUCAGAUGAAGACGGAUGAAUUCUUCGAGCUGGAGCCGAAGGUGCUGCUGCGCGACGUGUCUGUGAGUGUCCUGCGCGGGAAGCUGACGGUUGUGCUUGGCGCGACCGGGAGCGGGAAGUCGACGCUGCUGCAGUCGCUGCUGUCGCAGUUCGAGAUCAGCGAGGGCCGCGUGUGGGCGGAGCGGAGCAUCGCCUACGUGCCGCAGCAGGCGUGGAUCAUGAACGCGACGGUGCGCAGCAACAUCCUGUUCUUCGACGAGGAGGACGCCGCGCGGCUCGCGGAUGCCGUGCGCGUGAGCCAGCUGGAGGCGGACCUUGCGCAGCUUAGCGGGGGGCUGGAGACGGAGAUCGGGGAGAAGGGCGUGAACCUGAGCGGCGGGCAGAAGGCGCGCGUGAGCCUUGCGCGCGCCGUGUACGCGAACCGCGACGUGUACCUGCUGGACGACCCCCUGUCCGCGCUGGACGCGCACGUUGGCGAGCGCGUUGUGGAGGAGUGCUUCCUUGGCGCGCUUGCGGGCAAGACGCGCGUGCUUGCGACGCACCAGGUGCACAUUGUGCCGAGGGCAGACUACGUUGUGGCGCUGGGUGACGAGCGCGUCGAGUUCAGCGGAAGCAGCGCGGACUUUAUGCGGACAUCUAUCUACGCGUCGCUGGCCGCUGUGGAGGCAGAUAGCCCUACGGGAAAGGGUGCUGGCGCGAACGCAGAGGCAGAGGACGGGGACGCUGCCUGCGGCGGCCUAUCGGACCCGGAGGAGGGCUCUGCAAAGCCAGUGAGGAGGGCGGCGCCAUCCGCCGGCGCCGCUGCCCCCACCGCUGCUGCUCAGCUGAUGACGGUGGAAGAGAAGGCGUCGGGCAUGGUAGCAUGGGGGACCUAUCGAGCGUACCUCAGGUUCUGCGGAGGGCGUUUGUGGAGUAUCGGGGUUCUGGCGAUGUUUGGUGUGACCGAGCUCUUUACCAUCUCUUCGAUGCUGUGCUUGUCGAUGUGGACGGCGCGGCGCUUUGAUUUGUCGGACGCGUCGUACCUGCUGAUGUACAUGGGCUGCGUUGUGAUGGGGACGUUGACAGUGCCGCUGCGCUUCUACUUCUCAUUCGAGGUAAUGCGACGCGGGUGCGUUAGGAUGCACCAUGCGGUUCUGCGAAGUGUGUCACGAGGAACGAUGGAGUUCUUCGAUACAACACCGCUGGGCCGCAUACUCAACCGCUUCUCGCGCGACGUGGACGUCACAGACAACACGCUGCCGAUGUCGAUGCUACAGAUGAUGAACUGCCUUUUCGGGAUCCUGUCGUCGCUUCUGGUGACGUUCUUCACGCAGCCGCUGGUGAUAUUCGUACUUGCGCCGUGCGGGUACCUGUACUACCGGAUCAUGGUGUUCUACAACUCCGCCAACCGCGAGAUCCGCCGAACAAGCAGCGUCGCAAAGUCGCCACUGUUCUCUCUCCUUGGGGAGGCGCUGACGGGCAGCGCGACAAUAACUGCGUACCACCGCGCUUCAACGGUGAUGCAGGAGGCGCUGCGCCGGCUAGACCUGGUGUACUCGUGCUCGAUCCUAGAGAACAUGGCGAACCGCUGGCUUGGAGUUCGUGUAGAAUUCCUCAGCAACAUUGUGGUGUCGACAAUCGUGCUCAUCGGCAUUGGCCGCACGGUGCUGAUGGAGACCCAUGAGGAAUGGAUAGCGCUUGUCUCGCUGUCACUGACGAUGGCGACGCAGACGACAGCGAUGCUGAACUGGCUUCUGCGGCAGGUUGCGAGCGUAGAGGCGGACAUGAACAGCGUGGAGCGGCUGCAGUACUACAUUGACCACGUUCCCAAGGAGGCGAUGCCGGAGCUGGACGCGGAGGUGGACGCGCUGGAGAGGCGGACGGGAAUGGCGGCGGACGUGACGGGGACGGUUGUGAUCGAGCCUGCGAGCCCGACGGGCGCCGCGCCGCACAUCGUGCAGGCCGGGUCGCUUGUGUUCGAGGGUGUGCAGAUGCGGUACCGCGAGGGGCUGCCGCUUGUGCUGCGCGGCGUGAGCUUCCGGAUCGCGCCGCGCGAGAAGGUCGGCAUUGUUGGGCGGACGGGGAGCGGGAAGUCGACGCUGCUGCUGACGUUCAUGCGGAUGGUGGAGGUGUGCGGCGGGGAGAUCCGCGUGAACGGGCGCGAGAUCGGCUCGUACGGGCUGCGCGAGCUGCGGCGGCAGUUCUCGAUGAUCCCGCAGGACCCUGUGCUGUUCGACGGGACUGUGCGGCAGAACGUGGACCCGUUCCUGGAGGCGUCGUCCGCGGAGGUGUGGGCUGCGCUGGAGCUUGUGGGGCUGCGCGAGCGCGUUGCGUCGGAGAGCGAGGGGAUCGACAGCUGCGUGCUGGAGGGCGGGUCGAACUACAGCGUUGGGCAGCGGCAGCUGAUGUGCAUGGCGCGCGCGCUGCUGAAGAAGGGGAGCGGGUUCAUCCUGAUGGACGAGGCGACGGCGAACAUCGACCCGGCGCUUGACCGGCAGAUCCAGGCGACGGUGAUGAGCGCGUUCUCGGCGUACACGGUGAUCACGAUCGCGCACCGGCUGCACACUGUCGCGCAGUACGACAAGAUCAUCGUGAUGGACCACGGUGCUGUUGCGGAGAUGGGCAGCCCGCGCGAGCUUGUGAUGAACCGCCAGUCCAUAUUCCACAGCAUGGUGGAGGCACUGGGCCGCAGCGAGGCAGCGCGCGUGAUUCAGGUGGCGAUGGCUUAA